GAGUUUGAAACUAAAAACCAGUCAAGAUGUCUGAGGGAAAGAAGAUGACAUCAAGCCGCAGGCAUCAUCUCAAGAGUUUGAUGCUGCAGAUCGCCGCCAGCUGGCUGGAGCAGGAGGCCAAGGAAAUCGAGGAGGCCAAGGAGGCCCACAUGGCAGAGAACUGCCCCGCCCCCGACCUGAGCGGGGACCAGGCCGCCCUCGUGGAAAUCUGCAAGAAGCUGCACCAGGCCAUCGACAAGAUUGAUGAGGACAGGUACGACUCCGAGGCCAAGGUGGCGAAGACGGACAAGGAGAUCGGGGAGCUGAAGCUCAGGGUCCAGGAGCUGGGUGGGGUGAAGAAGCCCGCUCUGAAGAAGGUGCGCAUGUCUGCCGACGCCAUGCUGCAGGCGCUGCUGGGCGGAAAACACAAGGUGACCAUGGACCUGAGGGCCAAUCUGAAGCAGGUGAAGAAGGAGGUGAAGGAGGAGGCUACGGAGGCGGUCGGCGACUGGCGUAAGAACGUUGAGGACAAAGCGGACAGGAAGAAGAUGUUCGAGACUUCCUAAAGACUUUCAGACCACUGCUUUUUCAUUUUC